UCAUCUUAAAUAUAAAGCUAGCUCAUAGUUGAGAAAUGCUUUUUGAAUAUUUCAGAUAUUUGAUUCCUUGCCAACUGGGGAAUAUUAAAUCUAUCUGGCUCCACCUGAAUAAUCCCUCCCAUUGGGACAGGGAGAGGGAUAGACGGAGAGGGAGGCAACAGGCAAGGGGAGGGGGAAGAGUGCACUGAGAAGGGCAUCCAGUCUCUUGAAAUUAUUUCAGAUAUUGGGUAAGAUUUAGACUGAAGGUAUUUCUUAAGACCUAAGAAAAAGUCCAUCUCCAGAGUUAACAUGUUAUAAAUUCCCGAGAAUAACUGUUAAUAAGAUUUGACAUGUUUUGUGAAAAGAAUAUAUCAUGGGUGACAAAGUUCCGAGGUUCAGGGGGGUAAAAAAGAUCCGUGAGGUGAUAUCUAUUUCUGUUUCUAUAGUCACUCAACUCACUCACUCAGAGAUUUAUUGAGCAAGUAAAGUCCGUCUGCUGAUGUAGUCUGCCACUCUGAUCCGGUUUCUGCCUCCAUGAUCCCAGACGCAGACGCAAGACUGGGAACUAUAAAAGGAAAGCUGUAAGCCUUUGCGGCAGGGGUGGGCAGGAGGCUCUUCCUGUGGAAACAGGACUUGGGCUAGCAGGAGUAAGUAAUCAGGAGAACGAGCGGCACUGAUGUGGCAGUUAGAGGGGACCGGCACGUACAAAUUCCGGAGAAACUGAUUUUGGAAAACUCCAAGGCCCUCAGACUGCAGGAGCGCAGCCCUCUGCGAUGGGCUCCCCCAGCACGGUUCAUUAUUUAGACUUACAUCUUUUUUUUUUUCUUUUCUUUUUUUAUUGACUUACAUCUUUAAGACGUAUGGUCUGCAAGUAGAUAACCAUACAAUAACAGAAAGCUUUUACUCGUGCAUUUUAGCCAGCACCUUUUGUUUCUUUGUUUAAAAUGCCAGUUGCUUUUAGGCGAGGCAGGCAUUUUUGGAUGUCAGGGGCCAACUAUCUCUACUGAAAUCUGUUCGUACAUGUACAAGCUGUCUGAACCCUGAAGUAAGGCCGCUUGCCUCGUUCACCAGUGAACCAUUGUACUAGAUUCAGCAAUUAAAAGAGCAAUCCCGACAAAGAGCCGAGAGGCAGAAAAGCCUGGAUUAACCAGCCUGGAUCAACAGCCUGGGAGGAGCCGGUGCCCCGAGCGCGGAGUAAAGGGCGGGGCGCAUGCGCCGCUACGCCCUGUGUACGUGAGGCGUUGCCAAGGCAGCGGGGAAAGGCGUCACCCGGAAGAUGAGCCCAGUGGAGACGUUGGCAUCCAAACUCCCGCGAUGUGGGCUUUUCCCUCACUAACUUCUCAGAUAAUGUUGACUACAGGAAAGCAGACCAUGAAUUGAAUGUGACGAAAUAGAAUGAGGGUCUGUCCAGAAGUCGGAAAAUUCAAAAGGAGGACGGAAAAUCAGCCUAAAUGGGCACAAGCGCUAUGACACACCUUCCCUUCACUAAUGAGGUACAGAAUUCACUUAGCUCCUCUGGAGGACGGCAGACUUGGUCCCAUGCCUCGGAGAGCCAAUUGAACACUGAAGAUCCGACUACAAGCUUGGAUGAACAAGACAAACAAUCUGAGCUUUCAGAGUCCAAAAAUAAUGAAAUGAAGCUGAGUAAAAAAUGGAUCAACUACCUCAAGGGGAAAGAAACUAACUCUGGACGACACGAACCACACAAUAAACUUCAAACAGAAAUCACGCGGGUACCCAAUGAAGAAGCGCAUGCCCGGCAAUCUUUUUGCACCAUUAAGAUAAACUUGAUCCAUCACAGAAUGAACUUGAAGGAGAGGAGCAGCAGACAUAAAAAACUGCAGCUUAGAUUGAAUGAGGAGGAGUCAGAGAUAGAUGCCUUAAAUUGUACUGUACCCGAUGAACUUUUGAGCAGAGUCUAUUUUAAAAACAUGAAUGUGACACUAAAACAAAUGGAAGCAGCUAAGCAACACAUUUUGUCUCAGUGUCCUAGUUGUAAUAGGAAAAGAGCAGAGCUGGCUCAGUCUGCAUUCCUGAGACAAAAGAAGACUUUACUGGAGUCACUUCUAUUGGAAGAGAAAAUUGAUGAAUAUCUUCAUACUACUGAUUUUCUCACCCGUGUGGGAGAAGCACAUCAGGCCCUUCCCAGGCUCUUGGAUGAACCCAGAAUAAUCUGGAAAAGACUGAAUGAGAAAACUCAGAUCCAAAACUGUAGCUUUGAAAGAUAAGAUACAAAGCAGAUGUAGCCACUUUACCUAAGCAAAUAGGAGAUGGUGAUUGUUACCGAUAAUAUGUAAUGUGUAUAGAUGUUCCUGUUGUGUAUUUGGGUAAUUACUAUUAUUUUGACAGUCAUUUGAAUGUGAAACUUUCAUACUUCUUUCACAGAUUUGAGGGCUAAGAACUUUCCAUCCUAUAUGUUUUUUAGAGUAUAGAAGAUGAUGUUGUAGUUUGAAUGGUUACAAAGUUUUUACAGGGAUCCAGGAGAGAGGUAUUGGUGGUUGGGACUACUGACAAUAAAAAGAGAAAAACAUACAGUGAUGUUAGAGAUGCUUAGGAAGUAAAAAUUGACUUUUUGUGAUGAAAUGACUAUGGAGAUUUAAUAAAAGGAAUAUGUUAAAAAUGUUAGUACAGUUCUCACUUGUAUACCUGGAUGAAUGAUAAUUUCAUUAAGAUAGGAAAACUAGAAGAGGGCCAUGUGUAAUGGGAGUGAUCAAUAGUGUAAUUAUUUGUCAUGAGUAGUUCAAGGUACAUUUGAGAUAUACACAUUUAGAGUUGGAGGAAACAUUAAGUUGUUUGUACAGACAGCUUGGAGAAAAAGUCUAGAGAUUUGAAAUAAAGGGACAAGUGGAGAAAGUAUUGACAUAUUUGGAAAUUGAAGCUAAAGAUGCAGUGAGCUCUGCUGAAGGAGAAUAGAGUGAGAAUAUUAGCAAGGUUAGGACUAACUCUUGAGAAAUGUUAACAGUUGAUGGCCAGGUAGGGUGAGUAAACUCAUAAAAAAUGUUGAGGAAUAAAGGAAACCAAAACUGUGUUGUGGCACAGAAGUCAAGGAAAGAGAAUAUUUCAACAAGAAUGGGAUAUCUUUCCAUGUCAGCGUAACAUAGAGAACACAUAAAGGAUGAAUUAAUCAUGUGUUGGACACUGUUGAUCUUAGCAAUUGCCAUGAUAGAAAUGGGCUAGCCCGAGUAGAUUAAGGAGUAAAUGAAUAAAGAAAUAAAUAAUAUGCAUUGGACUAUUCUUUUGAGAAGAUUAGUUGUGAUGGGAAAUAGAGUUGAAGCUGGAAGUAAAUGUAGAGGUGAGGGAAGAAAGAAACUUUGGUCAUGAAGAUUUUAUGAAACUUCUGUUAUUUUCCAUUCUGAGGAAAGAUUACUGCGCUACUUAAAAAAGCACACAUAGGAAAAAUGUUGCAUGAUCAAUAUUUAGUAUUUACUUUCUCUAUAAAAAUACAAAUCCUAAAAUUAGUGGUAUUUCCUAGUGGUCAUUUUUCUACAUGUUUAACAGCUAAGCUGUUUUUAUGGAAGAAAAAUUUGCUUGCAUAGUCAGCGUGAGUCUUUGUAUACUAAGUUGUUUUACUCUUUGUGAACUUCACACAUAUAAAGAUGCUCUUUUUUUAUAAUAAUAUAUUUCCUUU